AUGAAUAAUGGUCAGGAAGUUUCUGGUGAAGCACAUUUGCUUGAUCCAAGCGAGUAUUUGAAAUUAAAACCGAAAAAGUCCAUUCUCAAGCCAUCAGCGGAAGAAAGCAAGCGUAUUGCUGAAGAUCGAGCCCACUUCGAUGAAAUGAACAUUAUCGCAACGCAUCAUCCAAUUGAUAAAGAAUAUGGGCAUAUGAAGAUUGAAGAACCGAAGACUCCAUAUCAUGGAUAUAGCGAUAGCGAAGAUGAUACAGACAAUCACGUUACAAAGGCACCUCGCCGAGUUUCUUUGGUUGGAGUUGAUCCAGUGAAAUUAGCUGAAAGCAUUGAAGCUGGCACAUCUAUUCCGCCAACUUGUCUCGGAAAAAUUUUACCAGAUGAUGAGAGCGAGGUUGAACUUACUCCUGAGCAGAUUGCCCAUAAGUGUGAAUUCGAAAAAAAGAGAAGGAUGCAUUACAACGAAGGUGCCGCAUUGUUACGAGCAAAAGAACUGUUAGCAAAGGAUGAAGAAAGCAUGGAAUAG